AUGGCCGGAGAAAAUGACUGGAGGAAAACGGCGAAGAUGAGCUCGGAGGGAGUGAAAGCCGCAGGGGUUGAAUCAUCGAAGAGGCCCCCAGGGAGUAAUCCUGGUGGUGUUCUCCACCAACGCCGUAAUUUGCCAUACAGUUACACCACCAUGGCUCUAGCUGGAUUAGCUAUCUCAGGUGCUAUCAUGUACACUGUUAUGUACGUUAAGAAGAAACCGGAAGCUAGUGCCACUGAUGUAGCUAAAGCAGCGACAGGUACGGCUAAACCGGAGGAUACCCAUCCAAGAAAGUAA